UUGGAUCUAGCAUGUCAGGACAGGUUUCAUGGUGGUCUCACAUGCCGCGCUGCCGUUGGAGCUUAGAUAGCCCGAGCCCGCGACAGCAUGCCAAAAGCGCCAGGCCUCACGCUGCCUGAGGGGAAGGAUGGCGGCUAUCCCAGCUACCCUGCUUCUCCGACCAAGACACCUCUUUCGAACAUGGCAAGGUUGUUCCGAAAGGGAACACAAGCUGUUGUGAUUGACGAUGCGCAUCACCAGAGGUGUGAAGAUUUGCAAGUCCAGGAGAAAAGCAUCCUGAGGAAUUUUUGGCUGCUCUUGAUUGUGACUGCAAUCCUGUCGAGUUCGCUGAGUUUCCUCAUCGACCGUUUCACCUGGGCGGCGGGCCUCCUUCGCCACACCCUGACGCUCGGAGCGCCGUUGAAAGCCAUAGGCUUCAACGUGGGCUUGGCGUGUUUGGCUCGCAUCAUCGUCAGACCCACGAUGGAAGCCGAAGGGAGCGGUUUUCCCGAGAUGAAGGCGAUGCUCUUUGGAAAGGUGCUUUUCAAUUACCUGACCCUCCGAGUGUUGAUCUCCAAAGCCCUGGCGCUUUCGCUGGGCGUUGGGGCCGGUUUGCCCUUGGGCAAGGAGGGCCCCAAUGUUCACCUGGCAGCCUGCAUCGCCCGUGUGAUUCACCCGUCCUUCUUCGAGAAACGCGUCCAGAGUUCCCACGGCGCCCACGGCGCUGGUGGCAGCGGCGUGGGCUCCGCGGUGUCGAAGCUGCUGCUGGCCGCGUGCUCCGUGGGCGUCGGCGCCUCCUUCUCCGCGCCCAUCGGUGGCGUGAUCUUUGCUUUGGAGUUGAUGUUGCCGCAGACCUACGACGCCUUCGCCUACUGGGGCUGCUUCACGGCCGGGGUGGUGGGCGCCAUCACCUACGCCGUGGAACGGACGCUGACCUCGGGCUCCGUGCGGCUGCUGCCGUUGAUCAGCUCCAACGUGCUUCCGGGAGAAGGAGUUGACACCGACUAUCCCGUGAUGCGGCUGGCCAUCGACAUCGUUUUAGGUGUGCUCUGUGGCUUGGCUGGUGGUACCUGGGUCAGAUGCCAUUCCUACACUGCCGGGGUCUUGAAGCGCUGGCGCCUGCGAGAAGCACCGCUGCCGCAGGUGGCAGCCGCAGGAAACCAAGAGCCGCUGUUGGGAGAAGCCGAUCCGGCUCGAGGUUGUUGCGCCUGUCUCUGGCGAUGUUUCGUUCGACUGUUGGGAGGAAAGUGGCGCGAUUUGUUCUUGGUUGCAGCAGUGGUCACGGUGAACACGGUCCUGGCGUCCGCGCUGCCUCUGCUGGGCGGCAAGCCGCAGCCGCUGAUGAUCUCCACGAUCUUCGACAAGACGCUGCUCGAGAACGACACCUGGGUUCUUCCCUGGGCCGGAGUGGCCGGAACGAUGACCCUGUGUUUUCUGAUGAAGUGGACAAUGACGAUCCUUGCGCUGUCAUCAGCUAUCCCUGCAGGAGUGGUGGCUCCCACCAUGAUCAUCGGAGGAUUGCUGGGCCGCGUCUUUGGCCAUGUCCUUUUGCCUGAGUGGUUUGUAUCAAUGAUCCUCACCAAGGAUGGCCAGCCGCCAACAGAAGAUCAAAAAGGAGCUUUCUUUGCGCGCUGUGCCAUCGUGGGCGCUUCGGCCUUUUGCGCCGCGGUGACGCGCGCCUUUGCCAUGGCCAUCACCGUCUUUGAGGUCUUGGCGUUGCCCAACUCUGUGUUGCCUCUCUGUAGUUCGGCCUUGGCCGCCAUCUUCGUGGCGAACAAGGUUUCCUUGCCUUUCUUUGAUGCCAACUUGGCCACGCGAAAUCUCGGGGGCAUCCCGGCCAUCACCUUCACGGACAAAGCCAUUGAGCCCGUGAUGAAAGUCAUGCAUGUGGUAGAUCUCAGUGAAUGCUUGCCACAGAUUGUUACCCUUCGGCACCUUCUCCAUGUGGUGUCAAAUAGCGACCACGAUUUCUUUCCGAUUGUCCGGCCACUGGACUGGGACACCAGCAACCAGGGCCUUCUGGAGGGGACGAUGACCCGAAGACAAGUCGAGCUUUUGCUGAAGAAGUUGGAUCCCCAUGCAGCGACCCCCGACCGCGAAAUCGAUUUGAUGAAUCCCGAAUUUCAAGCCCCACCAGAUGGCGGCGAGCCUCUGGUGGAGGGAAGCCCGGUGCGGGUGUCACCGGACUGCACCGUGAAGGAUGUGUAUCUUCUCAUGAAAGUGGCUGAGAGUGAUGGUGUCGUCUACGUGACAGACAGGGGCAUCCUGCAAGGGACCAUUACCCUUUCGACCCUCAUGAGCCGCGAGAUCUAAGUGCCUGAAGUGAUCGUUUACACCUGAAGUUUGAAGCUCCGUGACCACGGUGCGCCACGGUGCCUGUGCGACACCGUGCUUUGACAUGGCUUCGCUGCUUAGUGCCUUAAGUUUAGCACCUGUUAGCGUUCAUCGCUUCAUCGCUUCAUUUCGUCGCUUGAAACACGACAGCGCCGAAAACAUUUGGGACUCAAAUGCCAUCUCUUGCCAUCUGCCAUCUCUUGGACACAAAGGACAUGCUGCC